CCUGCUUUUUACUUAUUCAGAGUCUUUAGUUCUUCUCAUAUACUCUUUUCAGUUCAGUUCUUGUACUUUGAUUAUGGGUUUCAUACUGAUUUUCUCACUAGUUCACUGAACUUGGAGGUCACUCUCUUCUGGGUUAUGUUCAGAUAGACACAUUGAAGUCAGAGUUGAAUUCUUUUGGAGUUUUCAGUGAUCAUGCUUUGUGGUUUUUUUGUUUUGUUAAAGUUGAGUACUUGAUUGUUGGAAGUCGAAUAUGAACAGAAUUUGGGUAUAAAGUUGUGUUCUUGUUACUAAAUUUGCUUGUUUUUUUUUUUAUCACAUUUGGGAAUUUGGGUAUUGUUUUGAUGGAAAUGAAGGGUUUUGGGUUUCUUGAUAUGUCAUCUGUGUUUGUGAUUUUUCUUCUAUGUGUGUGGGGAUGUGGUUUUGCUGUGGGUAAGGAGUGUACAAAUACUGUUGAAUCAUGGAUGGCAUCACAUACUCUUCGGUUUGAACUUUUAAAUUCCAAAAAUGAAACUUUUAAGAAAGAGGUGUUCUCACACUACCACUUGACACCAAGUGAUGAUUCUGCUUGGUUCAAUUUGCUUCCAAGAAAAAUAUUGAGGGAGGAAGAUGAAUAUGAGUGGUCAGUCAUGUACCGCAAGAUGAAAAACUCCGGUGGUGGUUCUGAGGCCCCCGGAGGGUUCCUUAAGGAAGUGUCAUUGCAUGAUGUGAGGUUGGAUCCAACCUCACAACAUGGGAAGGCACAGCAAACAAAUCUGGAGUACCUGUUGAUGUUGGAUUCAGAUAGUUUACUCUGGAAUUUUCAAAAGACAGCUGGUUUAGCAACCCCCGGAAAACCAUAUGAUGCCAGAGAUUCAUGGGAGAAACCAGAUGGUGAACUUCGGGGUCAUUUUGUAGGGCAUUAUUUGAGUGCUUCGGCACUGAUGUGGGCUAGCACUCAUAAUGAUACUCUCAAAGAUAAGAUGUCUGGGAUUGUGUCAAGUCUUUCUCUUUGUCAGAAUAAAAUUGGCAGUGGAUAUCUUUCUGCUUAUCCAACUGAGGAAUUUGAUCGCUUGGAAGCUAUCAAACCUGUAUGGGCUCCUUAUUAUACCAUCCACAAGAUCUUGGCAGGCCUGUUAGAUCAGUAUACACUUGCUGGUAAUGACCAAGCUUUAAGUAUGAUGAAAUGGAUGGUUGAUUACUUUUACAAACGUGUUCAGAAUGUCAUAUUGAAGUACAGUAUAGAAAGACAUUAUAUGUCACUCAAUGAAGAAUCUGGUGGCAUGAAUGACGUUCUUUAUAAGCUCUAUGCUAUCACAGGAGAUACGAAGCAUUUAUUGUUGGCUCAUCUUUUUGACAAACCAUGCUUUCUAGGACUCUUGGCAGUGCAGGCCUAUGACAUAGCUGGUUACCACACUAACACACAUAUUCCAGUUGUCAUUGGUGCUCAAAAGCGGUAUGAAGUCACUGGUGAUCCACUUUAUAAGGAAAUGGGAAUUUUCUUUAUGGAGAUGGUUAACUCUUCUCACAGUUAUGCCACAGGAGGGACAUCAGUCAGCGAGUUUUGGUCUGACCCUAAAAGAUUAGCGACCACUCUACAAUCAGAGAAUGAGGAAUCAUGUGUAACUUAUAACAUGCUGAAGGUCUCCCGCAACCUGUUUAGAUGGACCAAAGAAAUGGCAUAUGCAGAUUAUUAUGAGCGAGCUCUAACAAAUGGUGUGCUGGGUAUCCAAAGAGGAACUGAGCCUGGAGUCAUGAUCUACAUGCUCCCACUAGGCCGUGGACAGUCCAAGGCCAAGAGCUAUCAUGGUUGGGGAUCACCAUUUGACCAUUUCUGGUGCUGCUAUGGCACUGGGAUUGAAUCAUUCUCAAAGUUAGGAGAUUCCAUAUAUUUUGAAGAAGAUGGUGAAACUCCUGGUCUUUACAUUAUCCAGUAUAUAGCAAGCUUGCUUGAUUGGAAAUCUGGACAACUUGUGCUUAAUCAGACAGUUGAUAACAUCAAUUCCUGGGAUCCAUACCUUAGAAUCACGUUAAUAUUUUCUUCAACAAAGGGGACAGGCAAAUCAUCUACCUUGAACUUACGAAUGCCAAUCUGGACAGAUUCAGAUGGUGCAAAGGCAGCAUUGAAUGGUCAAAGUCUGCAUUUAUCAGCUCCAGGUACUUUCCUACAAAUAUCAAAUAAAUGGAGUCAUGGUGACAUAGUAACUCUUCAGCUACCCAUUAAUCUGAGAACAGAAGCUAUUAAAGAUGAUAGGGAAGAGUUUGCUUCACUCCAAGCAAUUCUUUAUGGUCCAGUUCUGCUUGCGGCUCAUACCAGUGGGAACUGGGACCUUCGAAUUGAGUCAACCAACUCUCUUUCAGACUGGAUAACUCCAAUCCCUUCCUCGUACAAUAAUUAUUUGGUAUCUUUCUCCCAAGAGUACGAAGACUCAACUUUUGCCUUGACCAAUUUAAACCAAACGAUCCAACUGGACAACUUUCCAGAAGCAGGCACUGCUGCUUCGGUUCAUGCCACUUUUAGACUCAUUUUAGAUGGCUCGUCAACAGAAAUUUCCAAAGCGCAAGAUGCUGUAGGGAAAUCAGUCAUGCUAGAGCUGUUUGAUCAUCCUGGAAAGGUUCUGGGGCAUCAAGGGGAAGACAAGAACCUUGUAAUAGCAGAAUCUUCAGAUAGCAAGGACAACAUAGUUUUUCGCUUGGUUCCAGGUCUGGAUGGAAAGACUGCCUCGGCCUCCUUGGAGUCACAAAGUGACAAGGGUUGCUUUGUAUAUAGCCCGGAGUUGGAGGUUAAUGCAGCCUUGAAGCUCGGCUGCAAUUUGGAUUCAUCAGAUGAUGAAUUCAAACAGGCAGCGAGCUUUGUAAUGAACAGCGGAAUUAGUCAGUAUCAUCCUCUCAGCUUUGUUGCUCAAGGAAAGGAUAGGAACUUUCUUUUGCAACCAUUGUCAAGCUUCAGGGAUGAAUUCUAUACUGCCUAUCUCAACAUAACAACUGUUUAAGUUCGAACAUGAUUUUGGAGACCUGGGCUGAUCAAUUGGGUAACAAGUAUUGGUAGAUGUUUUCAUUUUGUA